AUGGCUCUGCACUAUCCUAUGGCCCUGGGCCUCACCAAGGGCCACAAGGUGACCAAGAACGUGAGCAAGCCGAGGCAUAGCCACCAUCACCAGAGCCUUACCAAGCACUCCAAGUUCCAGCAGCACAGGAUCUUAGAGGUGUGCAAAGCCCCGUAUGAGCGGCCAUAGAGCCAUGGAGCCAUGGCCAUGGAGCCAUGGAGAUCCAUGAAUCAGCUCAAGGUCUCCAAGGACAGGCUCUCUCUCAAGUUCAUCAAGAAAAGGGUGGGGACACACAUCCCUGCCAAGAGCAAGAGAGAUUUGCUGUGCAAAGUCCUGGUAGCCAUGCAGAAAGUUGCAGCUAAGAAGGACUGA